CUAACUAAAUUUCAAUAAAAAUACUAGUACUCUAACAUUUUCAUUUACAAAAUUCUUGCAAUACCCUUACUCAUCUCUUUUCCAAACCAAAUUUUAAUCCUAAAUUCCUAAAUUACCAACACCACCAAUCAAUGGAAAAAACAAAAAAAAAGAAAAAAGAGAAAAGGAUCGAGAGAGAAACAAAGGAGGAAGAGGAGAAAAGGGAAGGGCGGCGCUGGCGGAUGAAGGACUGCUGCUCACCGCCGCCGUUGCAGAGAGGGGAGCCAGAGGAGGAGAGAGAAAGUGACACGAGAGGAAGAGAGAGAGAGACGAACGAGGAGAAAGAUGGAUAGAGAGAAAGGCAGCGCCGCUGUCGUCGCUGGAGUUGUUGACAGCCGCUGUGACAGUGCAUGGAGAGAGGGCCUUCGAAGGGAGAGAAAGAGUUCGCAGAGGAGAGAGAAACGCGACUAAACACGAACAAAGGGGGGAGGAGGAACUUGUCGGAGAAGGAGACCUCGUUGUCAUGCCUCUGGCGUUGAUUACGUCGGAAACCACCGUCGGACCCGCUGUCGCUUGUUCAACCCUGCCCCUGUUUUUGGUUUCCCUUUUUCCGCCGAAGCCCCUGUGUUGCCAUGGUGGUUGCUACUGGAGUUGGUUGAUGCCGUCGUUGCUACUGCUGGAACCACUGUGCUUCCGCUUGUCCGAAAUUGCUAUCGGACCAAAACUGUCGCCAGCUCCACCUUGUUGUUGUCCCGAUCCAAAUUCUGUGAUCGUUUAUUCCAUUCUACGUUGACCUUCCUCACUCUUUAACUUGGCACUCCGAGUUUGGUGUCUUGGAUCCCUUAUGAUCAAAUUGAAUAAAUACACGAAUAUGUGAGCCUUUUCUAUUCAAGAAUAAUGACCUACAAUGGGUAGCUAUUCUUAAUUCUUUGUUGAAUUCUUAGAUGUUAUAUGCUUCAUGUAUCACAGGGUAGAGCUUAUCUCUCUUCCUACGUUGAUGCUGUUUUGAACAAGCUGUCUUCACUCGAUAUCAACUCAACCCCAGAAGCAAAGAAGUUAGCUGACCACAAGUUGUUUCGAAGAUUGAAAGCGAGUCUCCGUGCCACUCGACCUGUGCUUGAUGAUGCUGAGCAGAAGCAGAUCCGAGACCAAGAAGUCAACAAGUGUCUUGUUGAUCUCCAAGAUGCUCUUUAUAUGGCUGAUGACUUGCUCGAUGAACUCUCCACUAAAGCUGCCACUGCCACUCCCACUCAGAGGGAUCCAGGUAACUCUUCUUCCUGGUCUCACUCUGUUGAUUCAAUUUUGGAAGAUGGUGAUGACGAUGAGAUGGGGGUAGUAACUAGGAUGCAAGACAUAGUUGACAAACUAGAGUCUAUUGUUGAAGAGAAAGAUGAUCUUGAUCUGAAACAAGGGGUUGCCAAAGAUCUGGAGGACAUGUCAUGGAGAAUUCAAUCAUCUCUGCUUGAAAGUCCUGAUAUAUAUGGCAGGAACGAUGACAAGGAGGCCAUCAUAAAAUUGUUAUUAGAUGAAACUUGUGAUGAUAAAUUUUCUGUGAUCUCUAUAGAAGGUAUAGGUGGAAUUGGAAAGACUACUUUGGCUCAGUGGGUUUACAACGAUGCCAGAUUGAAGGACAAGUUUACCAUUAAAGCAUGGGUGUGUGUUGCAAUAAAAUUUGAUCCUGUUAAUGUUACCAAGGCUAUAAUCGAAGACAUAGCUUCUUCUCCUUGUAAUAUGGUUAACUUGAAUUCAAUUCAAACAGAAUUGAAGGAAAAGUUAACGGGAAAGACAUUCUUAGUAGUUUUAGAUGAUGUUUGGGAUAAUCAGCAAAAUUUGUGGGACAAUUUUCUAAAACCUUUUUUGAGUGGAAGUAAAGGAAGUAAAAUUCUUUUAACUACUCGUAAUCAAAAUGUUGAUUCUAUAGUGUCAACUACAAAUCUACAUUAUAAACUAGAUACAUUGUCCAACGAAGAUUGCUGGUCUUUGUUUUUGAAACAUUCAACUAUUUCUACUAGUUCUAGACAAUAUGUAAUCUUAGAACAAAUUGGUAAAAAAAUUGUUGAAAAAUGCAAGGGAUUACCUUUGGCUGUGAAGACACUUGGGGGUUUAUUGCGUAGUAAGGAUAAAGUAGAGGAUUGGGAGAAUAUACUGAGAAGUGAAAUUUGGGAGCUUCCGGAAGAUGAGAGCAGGAUUGUUGCUGCAUUAAGAGUUAGUUAUCACUAUCUUCCUUCAAAUUUAAAGCGGUGUUUUGUUUAUUGCUCAUUAUAUCCCCAAGAUUAUCAAUUUGACAAAGAUGAAUUAAUCUUGCUGUGGAUGGCUGAAGGUCUCUUACAAACAAUGGAAAAAAACACAUUAGAAAAUAUUGGUUGUGCUUAUUUUGAUGAAUUAGUUGCACGAUCAUUUUUUCAACUUUAUAGUGCUGAUGCUGGAUUAUUUGUAAUGCACGAUCUCAUGCAUGAUCUAGCAACAUUAGCAACAUCCUUUGCUGCAAAAUUCUUUUUCAGAGUCGACAAAUUUGGCAAUCCACACAUGGCAGACAGCAAAACCCGUCAUUUGUCAUAUAAUCGGGGUCGAAUCUCAAAAUUUCCAAAGGCCUAUAAUGGAGCAAUCCAUAUGAGAACAUUUCUACCUAUUGAUGUUCAAUCAAAUGAUAUUGAAAGUGAUUUUGGGAUAAAACAAUUAAAAUGUUUAAGAGUUUUGUCAUUUCAUGGCUUUAAAAUCCUGUCAUUGUCUGAUUCAAUAGGUGAGUUGAUCCAUUUGCGUUAUUUGGAUCUCUCUGAAACACCUAUUGUCACAUUGCCUGAAUCAUUGUGUAGAUUAUACAAUCUCCAAACAUUGAAGUUGAGGGAUUGUGAGAAACUAGAGAUGCUUCCCAGCCGCAUGCAAGAUCUUGUGAACCUACGCCAUCUUGAUAUCAGGGGAGCUGAUAGUUUAAAAGAGAUGCCAAAAGGAAUGAGUAAGUUAAAGCAUCUGAACUUCUUAAGUGGUUAUAUUGUCAGGGAGCAAGUGGAGAAUGGGAUAGGAGAACUGGGAGCACUUGACGAUCUUCAUGGCUCACUUUGCAUUUCCAAAUUAGAGAAUGUGAAAGACAGCGGUGAAGCUUUGGAGGCAAAGAUGGGGAACAAGAAGCACAUCAACAUUUUAGAAUUGAAAUGGAUUUCAGAUGAUGAUGAUGGCAAAGAUGAUGAUGUUGAUUUUCAAAAGGAGAGAAACAUACUUGAGGAGUUACAACCUCACCGAAACUUGAAAGAGGUAUCAAUUGAUGGUUAUAGGGGUGAAAUAUUCCCGGAUUGGUUAGGCUUUUCUUGCUUCUCCAAUAUGACUAAAUUGAGUCUGAGGAGUUGUAAGAAUUGUCGUCAGCUUCCUUCGUUGGGACAGUUACCCUCUCUGCAGCAUCUGAGGAUUUUUAAACUGGAUGGUUUAGAGAGAAUUGGUGGUGAGUUUUACAACAAUGCUGAAUCAUGUCAUCAGGGCACACCCUUCAGAUCUCUUCAAACUCUGGAAUUUUGUGAUAUGCCUCGCUGGCGGGAGUGGCGUAUUCCUGAUGGGUUUGAUGGAUUUCUGAAACUUAAAAGCCUUUUAAUACAAGACUGUCCGGUGUUAAGUGGAGAUCUGCCUGCUGACCUACCGGCUCUAGAGAAACUUACCAUUAGGAAUUGCGAAGAGCUUGCAUGUUCACUGCCGCGAGCUCCCAAGCUUCACCAAUUAAAUGUAAUGGGUUCUGGGCGGUUCUGGUAUGGGUAUGCGGCACCGCAUGAUGUAGUAAUUAAAAAUACUCAGCUGGUGAUGUCCAUAUUGGAGUGGCUGCCCCACUUCCAAUCGCCGUGUCUCGAACGUUUGAAAAUCCACAAGUGUUCGUCAGCCAUAUCAAUUUCAGGAGACUAUUUGCCGGAUUCAUUACAAUUUCUGAAAAUCUCGGGUUGUUCAAACUUAACAAUCUCAGAGCCACUGCAACACAAGUCCCUAACGGAGAUAAUUGUAUUUGGGUGUGAUUCACUGACGAUGUUUCCAUUGGGGGCCCUUCCAAAUCUCAAGACACUCUAUAUCUCAAGUUGCCGCCGUUUAGUAUCCGUGCCGGCGCUAGGCUUUGCUGCACCCCACCUAGAUAUACUGGAAAUACAUGAAUGCCCAGAAAUGGAUUGUUUUGGAGAGGAGUGCCUCCCGCCGAGCUUGACAACUCUUGGGAUCAGAAGAUGCCAGAAACUAGAGAGGUGGAUAACUUGGAGGGGUUUGCAGAGUGAAGGCCUUACUCGUCUUUUGCUUCAUCGAUGGAAUGAAGUUAAGUGGUUCCCAAGAGAGGGUUGCCUUCCUGCUUCCCUCCAGUAUCUACAUUUGUCGUCUUUUUCAAAUCUGGAGACGCUAGACUGCAGGGGACUUCACCAACUCACCUCCCUCAAACAAUUAAAAAUUGAAAACUGUCCAAAGCUGGAGAAUAUCACACAACAAAACCUGCCUGCCUCCAUAUCAAAACUCCGCAUCAAAGGAGAAUGUCCAUUGGGGAGCAACCUGGAAGAGAUGAACGACCCACGGAUUCAAUCCCAAACGGUAUAUGUAUGCUUGAUUGCAGACUCAGAUUAUGAUUCAGACUCAUGAGUCAUGAUUGCUAGAAGAGAUGAACAACCCAGACUAGGAGGAUGAGUUUCGUGCAUUCUGAUUUUCCACCAUUUCUUCACGGAUUCUAUUAAUAUGUUACGUAGCAGAGUAACUUGAAUUUCUCCGUUCAACCAUGGGCUUGAUCUAUAGUUGACUGAACUCACAAAUGGAACAUCAAAGUGGAUUAUCCUAGUAGACUAGCUGUGCCUUCUCAUUCUGCUGUUUUAAUGGAAGCCGAAGAGAGAACUUCUGUGAUUUCACUUUUGCUGCGCGCAAGGGCAUAAAAGUCAAUCAAUUUUACAUUGUAUAAAUGUAUGCUGGUGUUUAACAUAAUCUCCCCAAUUUGAAUUAAUCAAUCAAGGGUGACAAGGGGCAUCACAUUGACUCAAAUAGCAGCAACAGUCUAAUGCCUGAGAAUGUUGAAGAUGUUCACGACUGAAAAGUGGUCAAUGGCACAUAAUCCAGUCUUACAGAACAGAUCU